GGUUCCAAUAUUACAUAAUCAUCUGCGCUUCCCAUUGCUGGACGGUUCCACAGGCUGGAGAUUCGCUUGGUCAUCGACAAUCGUUGCAUCUCAUUAUUCUUCUAUCUCUGCCCUCAUCCAUCUCGGGAACAACAGGUGCACCAGUCACUGUAGCUGGUUGAACAGCGCUUGCGCCAUUGCUUAUCAUACGCCACUCACUUACUCCACGAACUCCAUAUUCACCCUCGAAGAUGGCUGCAGCGGCAACGGAUAGAUCACAAUUGAUGUUCCUCGGCUCUUCAUGCCAUCAUCAAGCAUGUCAUCUGAAUGACUUUCUUCCCUUCAAAUGUCCAGCCUGCUCAGAGACAUUCUGUCAACCUCAUUUCCUCCCCUCCCAGCAUGAUUGCGCGGCUCCCCUUCCUCCAUCCAUGAUUGAUCGAGUGGCACCUCAAUGCCCUCUUUGCAACUCUACCGUCCCGACUGUACCCAACGACCCCAAUCUCGCCGUUGAACGACACAUUCUCAGCGGGACAUGUACAGGCAUACCUGGGGGAGAGCAACGUCUCAAGGAUGAGAUGAGGCGGAAAAAGGAGCGAGGUGAAGUCUGUUGGCGGAAAGGCUGUAGCAAGCAUUUGGUGGUACCGAUGAGGUGCGAACAAUGUUCUCAUUUAUUCUGCCCUACGCACCGCCACGCCUCUUCCCAUACGUGCACACCAUCUGCAUCACCAUCGUCGAGUCGCGGUGGAACGCCGCAACCUUCCAAGCCGGCAGGCAAAUCUGCUCUCUCUCGACUUCUCAGUACCACCCCGUCCAGUUCCAACCCCUCAUCACAGCCAUCCUCUUCUACUUCGAAACCCCCGCCGGCGAGCCCCGUUCAGCCUGUCCAAGCGUCUACGAGUCCUCUCGAUGCCAAAGCAGCAGCGGCUACGGCAGCUCUGAAGCGUGCAGGUCAAGAUGUCAAGGUUCCCUUUGUCAAGUCAAAGACUGAAAAACGCGCCAAUGCGGAGAUGAAUUCUCAACUUCAAGCUUUAAAGAACAGACAUGACAAAGGUCUGCUGUCAAAACAAGAGGAGGUGAGAGGCUAGUCUCUUUUCACCUUGCUCCGUAAAAUCGUCAAAUACGCCGAGAUGAUUGCCAAAGGAGAAUCGUCACGGCGGAAAGGGGAGAAGGGAGGUAAAGACGGAUGUGUGAUUGGAUGAAAGCGAGGCGUAGCCUGAAAAUUCCAGCGUCUAGUUGUUAGCAUUAUUAGCAUGAGUCAAUCGCUCGAAACUUCAUCCUUUAGCGGGAUCGCAUGAUGUCUACGCCAGCUGCGUUCUCGCUGAUCUGAGCUCAGUCUGAUUAUACAUAUGUUGCCUAAGAAAUGACGCGUAUGUCAAGGAGAGCGAU